CGCUAUUUGACGUCACCGCGGGAGUGUUCCACCAUCGGGAGAAAUGAACGGUCAUCAACACAAUCCUCUCAGCGCCCAUCAUGUGAUUUUUCUAAAUGUCCACGGAAACAGCUGACUAAAGAUUUACAGCUAUCCCACCAGUUUUCCUUUUGUACGAACUGCCCGGAGGAAGCUGUGCUGGAAAUUCUCUUGGAUUAAGUCUUUUCCUGUGUUAAUAGAUCCACACAUUCUCUGCUGAUGACCACACCUGAAGCCGAUCCUGCGCUGUGAGUCAGUAGAGGAGAAGCUGGGCUCAUGACAAGCAUGACAUUGAGCCAAGCAACAGAUGCAUGUCCACUCAAAAGGCCCAACUGAGCACCAUCCUCCCUGCUCCCCGGGUUUCAACCAGUCGCUCAGAGGGGGGGUGUCCACGGGGCGCAGCUAGUCCCCUGCACCCCCAGGUAGCAUCUCACUGUGAAGCUGGAGGUCUCUGAUGGAUCAGGGUAGUAGUGAGCAGAGUCCAGAGGAGCCGGACACAGGAGGCCGAGCGGAGCUGGAAGGCGGCAGGAGGGCGUCGGAGUCAGAGCAUGGUUUGUCCAAAAUCACCCAUAAUGCCCGGGAGAACAUGGGAGCGUUGGGCCAUGGCCUGAAGCAGUUAUUCCAGCCACAGCGCCGACGCUCCUCCGUUUCCCCACAUGACUCCGCCUCGUCCUGCACAGGCGCCCCUCCCUCCGAUCCCACUGAUGUAGGGUCAGAGGGAGGGGAAGCUUUGGCCUCCUCGCCCCUCCUUUUGGAUUCUGACAACCCUGCUGCUUCCGCCCAUCCCGCAGCUCUGAGCCGUGUUCUGCAGCAGAUCCGAGGUGCUCCCCCAAUAAUGAAGCGAGGCACCAGCCUGCAGAGCCGCCGCAGCAAGGUGGGGGGCACUGGGGAUCCUCCCCAAAAAGGUAGCCCACAGAUCCACCGGCGCAGCACCCAUGAAGCCCUGCUGCAGGCUGGACGCCCACGCUCCUCCUCGACCACAGAUACACCCAGCAGCCCAGCUCUGGCUGACAUGCUGCUCACCUCUGGGUACCACUCAACUGAGGAGCCUGACAAGCUGGAUCGUUAUGAUGGAUCAGGCCCUGCUGUGUCACCCAAUGCCCUCCCCUACGGUGCAGACGGGUAUGAUGUAGUGGACUGUACCCCAGACCCCCAGCGAACUAAGCAGGCUAUUGCCCAACUACAACAGAAGAUCCUCAAACUCACAGAACAAAUCAAAAUUGAACAAACUGCACGUGAUGACAACGUGGCAGAAUACCUGAAACUUGCCAAUAAUGCGGACAAACAGCAGAGUGCACGCAUCAAACAGGUGUUUGAGAAGAAGAACCAAAAGUCGGCUCAGACUAUCCAGCAGCUGCAGAGGAAACUGGAGCAUUACCACCGAAAGCUCCGAGAGGUAGAGCACAAUGGAAUCCCUCGCCAGCCCAAAGAUGUUUUCCGAGACAUGCACCAGGGGCUCAAAGAUGUUGGAGCCAAGGUAACAGGGGGCCUUUCCAGUUUCUCUCAAGCCACUCAUUCUGCAGCUGGAGCUGUGGUGUCCAAGCCGAGAGAAAUCGCCUCCCUCAUCCGCAACAAGUUUGGCAGUGCUGAUAACAUCGCAGGCAUGAAAGACUCCUUGGAUGAAACCCAGGGAGAAGAUGGUGUGGGCCCUGGGGGAACAAGGAACCUUGGGACAGGACAUUUGCAGAACAGCCCAAAGUAUGGCAGUGACGAUGACUGUUCUAGUGCUACUUCUGGCUCUGCAGGAGCCAACAGUGCAACUGGAGCUCCUGGAGGCCCGCCUAGCUCCAAGGGCAACACCCUUGAUCAUGUUCAGGCCUCAGGCUUUGAUGCUAUUCUCCAUGAGAUCCAAGAGCUUAGAGAAAACCAAGGUCGACUGGAGGAGUCAUUUGAAAACUUAAAAGCCCAUUAUCAGCGUGACUACACAAUGAUCAUGGAGGCCCUGCAAGAGGAACGAUACAGGUGUGAACGUUUAGAAGAACAGCUGAAUGACUUAACAGAACUCCACCAGAAUGAAAUUCUGAACCUAAAGCAGGAGCUAGCCAGCAUGGAGGAGAAGAUUGCUUACCAGUCUUAUGAAAGAGCGAGGGAUAUUCAGGAGGCGCUGGAGGCCUGUCAGACCCGUAUUUCCAAGAUGGAGCUGCAGCAGCAGCAACAGCAGGUGGUGCAGCUUGAGGGUUUGGAGAACGCCACAGCACGGACUCUUCUUGGAAAACUAAUCAAUGUACUGCUGGCUGUCAUGGCAGUCCUUUUGGUGUUUGUCUCCACAGUGGCUAACUGUGUCGUCCCAUUAAUGAAAACACGCAGCCGCACGCUUUCUACACUGCUCCUCGUUAUCCUCCUUGCAUUCCUCUGGAGGCACUGGGAUGCCUUUUCAGAGUAUCUGAAUCACUUUCUUCUGCACCCCAGAUGACCUACUUGAAGAGGCUAAUUAGCUAAUGAAGGACAGAGGUUUUGAGGCUGUUGUCUAAAAGGAGGACAAUGACCCAUACAUGGAGGUUAAUCUCUAUAGUCCUUCCUUUUUUUCUUCCUCUUCAGCAGCUUCUCAAAAUGCUCAGGAGGGUUGGAUCAGAGGUUUGUCACUUUAUUGUUUUCUGAAAUGUGUUUUGAGAAGAAUGAAACAGAGAAUAAGAGCAGAAAAGGAUGGAUGUUUGAUAUAGAAUUUCUAUCUUUAGUGCAAUUGUGUCACAAGCACAUAGUCUGAGUGAAUAGGGCAUAGUUGAAGGAGGGGCUGGGAAAACUGCACACUUUUUUUCUCUUCUGAGUGAAUUUGUUUACAUGUGGAAAACUUUGCAUUGUUUCCCCACAGAAGAAAUUGUAAUUCAGAUUUGUAUUACUUUUGAGCUGAUUCAAGUGGUAUUGUUUGAAGUCACUGCUAUUUUUAAAACGGCUGAUUAAUGGCUUUUUAUUUUCUUUUGACUGUAAUGAGCUUACUGUUUUGCUGAUUUAGUUGUCCAUACUCUUUUUUAAGUAUCUCACUUCUAAACUUGCCUCUUUGGUUUUUCAGUCGACUCCUUCUUCCCCCUUUACUCAAACAUUUAAAAUUUCAGCUUGUAUGACCAACUCUUCCUCUUCCUGCUCACUACCCUGAAGAAUGGAAGGCUUGUGCAUCAGCUACUUUGCUCUGGAAUCAAGACUUGUCACUGGAAGAAAUAAUAGUGGAUUAUCAACUUGUUUUUUUAUGGAUUUGUGAAGUCAACAACACUGGUUUUGCCACAACCAGGAUAUUAAUAUCAAAGACGUUAAGUUUGGAGUCGCAGUCCCCGCUGGAGCAUACUAGCCUGGUGGCUUUUCCAAUGCAGAAGAAUAGUCUAUGAACUGAAUCAACAUACUUGAAGAGCGGUUAAAGUGCUCAAAGACUCAGUGCUUCCGUACUGUUUAUAUUAGUGACAAUGAAAUAGUAAUACUUUUUAGUUGAUUUUUUAUUUUUUAAAGACAAAUAAAUUUGCUGUUUUAAAGGGUGAAAUUGAACAUUCAACUUCUAAAUGUCCUCAAUGUCAUGACUGUUCUAAAUUGAACAUCACACAUUACACCUCAAAAAGCCUUUUGUUGGAGUCCUUGGUUCACUUGGUUGCCAUGUGUUUGGAAUAUACUGUACUAUAUUCAUGUUUAUACGGUUCUUAUAAACAGUCACAUCAUGG